AUGUAUUUUCUACCGAUAUUUUUCUCUUACAUUAUUUUAUUUCAAGUUAACGUUUUUGCUCAAUUAAGUUCAAGCUCUUGUUCUCUUCUUCGUUCAGUUGAUAGUCUGACGAUUGUUAUACCAGAAAUUGUUCAACUUGCUAUGCGUUAUUAUCAUGCUUCAUCAUUUCCAAGUCAACAUCAUCGACAAAAACGUUUUUUAUUUAGUGAAAAUAUACCAAAAAAUGGUAGUUCUAGUGGCACUAAAGGUCGUGUAAUUGAACAAAUGAUUGUUAAUACACUACAAGAUAUUAAUUUUACUAAUGUUGCAAUUUUAAUACUAAAUAAUAAUGAAACAAUGAAUAAACUUCGAAAAAAUAUUGAUAAUGAAGCAAUUAUUCAAAUAAUUUUACGUGAAAUUGAUUAUGAAAAAUUAGGUAGUGGUUUAUGGUCUGCUGCUGAAAAUAGUUUUGAUUUAGAACAUUUUGUUACCAGUAUUAUUAAUAUUACUCGUAUAGAUAAAAUUCAUGAUGAACUUAUUAAAAAUGGUACUUUACCUGAAUGGCUUUUAAAAAGUAUUCAUCCAGAUUUAAAUAGUGAAAAAAUUCAACAAAUAUUUUCAACAUUAAAAAAUGUUACUCAUAAAUUUGUACAAGUUUUAAGUAAAUCAGAACGAUUUGAUAAUUAUUUAUUUAAUAUGAUAACACAACAAGUUUUAACACCAUUGAAUAAUAUUAUUCAAAAUAUAGAAGAAUCUAAACCACAAACAUUUAAUCAAUUAAUUGAAAUUAUAAUUAAUAAUGUCAAUCGAGUAGCUAUGGAACAAAUCACAACAACAACAACAACAAAGGUAUCUGAAAAGAAAUCAUCAACAUCAACUGUUGCAACAGUAGAUCUUAAUCAUAGUAAUGAUGUUAAAUUAAUGCUCUAUCAAUGGUCAAUUGCUGUGGAUUCUAUGGGACAAACAGUUCGAAUUAUAUUAAAAUCACUUGAAAAACUCUAUUGUGCAUCUCUAUGGGAAUAA